AUGAUGAUUUGCGAAGAUUGCCAACUGAACAUUUUGAAGUCGGAAAAAACAUGGGAUUACCACCACGCCACCGCUGCCAAGCUGAUUGCUGCCACGGGAUCAGGUUGCGUCUUCUGUCAGAAGCUGGCUGCAUCUGCCGGUGUCAUCCACGGCAAGGAUGAUACCGAGCCCUUAUAUCGGUGGACCAUACGCGAGACUGCUCAAACUAGGGAGACCAAGAGCUACAUCUCAAUCACCUUUCGCCCAGUAGUCAACACUGGGCACGAAAAUAACAAGAGUGAAGAACUCCCAGAAGUCCGGUUCGAUCUGUUCCCUGAAGAAGACCUGGGUUUCAUUACCGAUGAGAAAUCCUUCGGUUUGGGAACCGAUUCCGAGGCAUCCCAAAAACAGAUGAAGAGAUGGAUCGAUCACUGUGUCGAAUCACAUCCCAAAUGCCAGCCCAGCCUUGCCAGCAACGCCUUCAUGCCAACACGCGUUCUGGAUAUCGGCGCCGCAAACGACCCUUGGCCGCCUCUGCAGAUUCGGGUUAUUCAGACAAACACUAUAAGUGAUGAGGCUAGAAAGUACAUGACUUUGAGUCACUGCUGGGGCAAGGAAGCAUUUGUGACGCUCACGGUCGAACGGUUCGACAAGUUCACCAACGAUGGGAUUCCAUGGAGCAACUCUUCUUCGGGAAACGGUAUCUCCAGCAACCAAAACUUUAUCGAUGCCAUCAAAAUCACCCAGAAGCUUGGGAUAAGAUACCUCUGGAUUGACUCUAUCUGUAUCAUACAGGAAGACGAGGAGGACUGGGCGGUCGAGGCGAAGAUUAUGCACAAGGUCUAUCGAUAUUCAUACUGCAAUCUCGCGGCUGUUGACUCGAAGAAUUGUCUCGGCGGAUUGUUCCGAGGUCGUAAACACGGUGUUUUACCCGCCACAUACGACCCUAGAGGCUCCUCCCACAGACUCAGUGGGCGCAAGUGGCGAAUCCUCACGUCCGACCUUUGGGACAAAGAUCUCCUUGGUAGCCCCCUCUAUACUCGCGGCUGGGUCUUUCAGGAACGAAUGCUAUCCCCCCGUCUUCUCCAAUUUGGCCACAGUCAGCUGUUCUGGGACUGUGCCACCAUCUCUGCUUGCGAAGCACUCCCUGAAGGUUUCCCCCUCUCCCUUGACGCCAAGGCCGCCUCGGACCGGCACUGGCGCCAGCGUUUGCAAGAAGCCGAUAUCACCCAGCGCUCACCAGCCAAGGGCUCCCAGGGCUCUCUCGAGACGCUGUGGGAGAGCUCCGUCAGCGCCUACACGGCUUGCGACCUCACAAAACACUCCGACAAGGACAAGGCCAUGUGGGGCAUUGCGAAGCUCAUGCGCGACAUGCUGGGGCAGGAGUACGCACACGGGCUGUGGUCGACCUGCCUUGAGGAGCAACUCGCAUGGCGCGUAGCCGGUCGACCAAAAGUGGUAGAUCCUGAGAAGGCGCAGGGAAACACAGCCGGAGAGAAGGGGGACACGAGCAAUGAGAUAUCUUUCCCGUAUUGGUCGUGGACUCACUUGGAUGUGCCCAUCCAAGUUGUACCAAGAUUUCGAGAUAGAGGCCGGUUUUACCGGGCGACCAACCAUGAUGGAGGUAAAGUCGGCUUCCAGUUUAAAAACCCAUUCAGUGGUUGGAUGAAGCGUGAAAACUUUCCUGGAGGAGAGGAAGAGUUCGACAGAAUGACAGGGAAGUCUAUCAACGCAGAGGAAGAGCAUGGGAAAGCUGAGGCGAAGAUUGUCUCUGGGAAGCAGACCGAUCCGACGGGAAACGCUUGGAAACCAGACGAAAGCUCCAAGCUGGCUUAUGAAGAGAUUACCAUCCAAGGACAUGUAUGCAAAGGUACGCUUAAAUUCGUGUCUGUUGAGGAGCGGUGGGAGGUUGCCAUCGAAGGAGUUCAGGGCACUGCGGUAAUCGAGGCAUUUCCCGACGUCCAAACCCCAAGCACGCAGUUCCUUGCGAAUUCCUGGUGCUCGUGGCAUCAAGGGCUUUGCUGGAUGAAGCAGGACGCGAGAUUGUCAACACUGACAGUCCCAACAUUGACAUAA